CGUCCCACUGUCGUCGCGUCGUCAACAUCCAGGUUAUUCUACAGGAAUCUUAACCAUCAAAUUCCAAAUGAGGAUAGCUAUUUCAAGAUUUGACAAGUUUGUGAUGAAUGCAAAAAUAAUUAUCAUCCCAAUUUUUUUAAUUGGAUCAUGUGUGGCUCAGCUUAACGAAGACCUCAUAAGAGAGAUUUUUGAUAUGAUUGAAUAUGAAACAGUUAUAGAAUCGGGUUUUGCAACUACAAAGAAUCCUAUUCAGCUUAUCGAAGACCUCAUACAAGAUGUUUUUGGCAUACAUGAAACUGAAACAGUUACAGGAUCGGGUUUUGCAACUUCAGAGAAUCAUGCUCAGAUUACCGAAGACCCCAUAAAAUAUGUUUUUGACACACAUGAAACUGAAACAGUUACAGAAUCGAAUUUUACAACUACAAUGAAUCCUGCUCAGAUUGGCGAAGACGUCAUAAGAUAUGUUUUUGGCAUAGAUGAAACUGAAACAGUUACAAAAACGAUUUUUACAACUACAGAGAAUCCUGCUACGACAGUUGCACCACAAAAAUCCGUAACCGUUGAACAAACUGAGAGCUCAUAUCAACCAUGUGGUACACAUCCUGGUAUGGCAUGUGUUCGUCAGGAUCUUUGCAACAAUGGAUAUAUAGGUUUUAACCUUCGCUUCAACUUUCCCAUACGUGAUUCGAUUCAUUCAUGUAAUAAUCCCUUGGAAACAUGCUGUGAUUCUAAUGAUAUGUCAGAUUUGUUAAAAUUGAAACCACUCCCAUUAAAAGUUAAAUGUGGUUAUAGAUAUAAAAAUGGAGUUGAAUUACAAAACAAAGAACUUGCUGAUAAUGAAGCUAAAUUUGGUGAAUUUCCAUGGAUGGUAUCAAUUUUUAAUAAAAUUAUUUUUAGCGGCAAAGUUUUCAGCAUUUCUAAAUGUGGAGGUUCUUUGAUAGCUCCAAAUGUCGUUUUAACUGCAGCUCACUGUGUCAAUGUGAAACAAACCAAGAAUUAUUCGGUUAGAGCUGGUGAAUGGGAACCUAAUUCAGAUUCCGAACCAUAUCCACAUCAGGAAAGACAAGUCGCAGGAAUAAUUGUGCAUGAAAAAUAUAAUAAUCGCAGUUUACAAAACGAUAUCGCUCUACUUUUCCUCGAGACAUCAUUCGAUGAGGCUCCUCACAUCAAUACAAUUUGUUUGCCACCAGCCUACACAAAUUUUGGCAUGUCACGUUGUAUUGCCUCUGGCUGGGGCAAGACAAAUUUCGGAACAAAUAUUAUGAAGAAGAUUGAUUUGCCAGUAGUUCGAAAAGCUAAAUGUCAAAAACACUUAAGAAAAACUCGUUUAGGACAAUCCUUUAAAUUGCAUUCCAGUUUUAUGUGUGCUGGUGGAGAAACUGGAAAAGAUACUUGCCAAGGAGACAGUGGUUCACCAUUGGCUUGUCCAAUGGCCAACAAUUCCGAUCGUUACUACCAAGCUGGAAUUGUUUCUUGGGGUAUUGGAUGUGGUGAAGAAAAUGUGCCUGGAGUUUAUGCAAGUAUUCCAAAACUACGUUCUUGGAUUGAUAAACAAUUGGCUUAUAAAAAAAUCGAUUGAAAUUAUAUUAUGGCAUAAAUGACACAAUUAAUAAGAAAUAAAUACAGUUUUAUUUUAAAAUAAAUAAAUAAAAAUUUAUUUUAA